GUGUCAUUUCAAGCAUGCAAUUGAAUAUAGUCACCACAGUGUGCCAGCAGAGCUCGGCGCACCGAGGGUCUCAGCAACCCAGAGGGCUCCUUCAGCCCAAUAAUAGCCAAAGUCCUAUCAGCUCUGCCUCACACUCAGGCAUUACACUCUUCAGGAUGCUCGCCUCCUUCCAACUCCCGUCUUUGGAUUCAAACCUGCUUGGAGCAUCAAAUCCAAAAUAUGCCGAUAACCUGCUAAGGGUUGAGAUGGGUGUCUUCAACCUGGGGUUUGGUGACCCUUAAGUGCUGGCGAUAUGUCCUUCAGUAGUGAGGAGAGCCAGCCCCCUCCUUCUGCGCCUCCCCUCAACCGCACGUCCUCUUCGCGGCCGCUGCCAUGGGAGGAGGCUCGCUCGAACGAGACUCUGCUCCCAGACCUGUCUGGUCUGGGCCACGACGAGCAAUGUCACACGCCUCCCAUCCUCACGGCGUUUCUGGUGGUGUGGUACAGCAUCACAAUGGUGCUGGGCCUGGUGGGCAACGUCGGCCUUAUCUGCAUAAUUACUCGGUGCCGGGAGAAAGCCAACGUCACCAGCAUUUUCAUCUGUAAUCUGUCAUUCUCUGACAUUCUGGUGUGUGUCUUCUGCCUCCCUUCCACACUCAUCUACACGCUCAUGGACCACUGGGUGUUUGGGUCACUGCUAUGUCGGCUGGUGCCUUUUAUUCAAUGCAUGUCGGUGACCGUUUCCAUCCUCUCCCUUGUUUUUAUCGCCCUGGAGAGACACCAGCUCAUCAUUAAUCCGGCCGGCUGGAAACCCAGUAUCCCGCAAGCCUACACAGCCGUUGUUAUCAUCUGGAUUCUAGCCUGCUUCACCUCCUCGCCUUUCCUGGCCUUUCAGUUGCUCACGAACGAGCCCUACGCUAACGCGAUCUUGCCUCAGUCUGCUCUCUUUCACGAAACGCCACCCCCGCAUUACGUCUCGCCUUCUAACUCAUCCGUGCUUCCGGAUUCUCUCAAUUUUCACAACCUUUACGCGUCCUUGCACAUGGAGGCCUGUCUGGAGCAUUGGCCCUCCCAGCAUCACCGGCUGAUCUACACCACGUGGCUGUUGCUUUUCCAGUACUGCGGCCCCCUCAUUCUUGUCCUGCUGUGUUACGUCCGAGUAAUUGUGCGCCUACGUCACCGCAAAGACAUGCUGGACCGUGCCAGGAAGCCCGAGAACCAGCGCAUGACUCACAGCCGUCGCAUCAACAUCAUGCUGGUGGCCCUGAUCACGGCCUUCGCCCUAUGCUGGCUUCCGCUCACCAUCUUCAACGCCGUGUCCGACUGGAACCACGAUGUGCUGCCCGUGUGCCACCACAACUUGCUCUUCUCACUCUGCCACCUCCUAGCCAUGUCGUCCACCUGCAUCAACCCCAUCAUCUACGGAUUCCUUAACUCCAACUUCAGGCAGGAGGUGAGGGAGGUGCUCCAGUACUGCUGCUGUCGCCCUCUACAGGAGGAGUGUGAGCGCUUCCCCAUGUCCACCGUGCACAUGGAGGUGUCUCGCACCUCGGUUCCACUCACCUGCAGGAGUAACUCUGUUUGAGAGUUGAGAUGAUUGUAAUUUUACAACUUUCAAUUUUUUCCCAUGAAGUGCAGUGUACUGUUUUAUGUCUGUGGACAACAUACAGCCCAACAAGCAUUGACAUUAAUUAUCGAGAGUCACAUAUUUCUUUCAUUGAUCUAGCCCAGAAGUCGCAAACCAGACGUCACCAACCAGAGGUCGCGCUACUUGGUAAAUGCCGUAUCCAUAAAUCCCUCCACAAUUUAUUUAUAUUAAUUCUAUAUUUAAAAAGCAAAAUCUCAAUUGGUCUGACCCUAAUAUUUAUUUUUUAUUUG